CAGACUAUGGACUAGUGUUAAUGUAUCAGCCGCUUUAUGAUAAUUACUCUCAACCGAUUGCGGUAUUUACGAGUAAAGGACCCACAAAAAGCACUGAUUUAGCCAAAUUAAUUAUUCAGGCCAUAGUUCUAGUUGAAAGAGCAGGAGCAACAAUCCACGGUGUCGUGUCAGACGGAGCAACCACGAAUAGAAAAUUCUGGUCCGAACUGAGAAUGAGUGGGAAAAAGGAUAAUUUAAAAAACUGGUUUAUUCAUCCAUCAGACGAGAAACGUAAGGUUUUCGCGUUCUCUGAUAUAUGCCACUUAAUAAAAAACGUCCGUAACCGAAUGGAAAAUAAGGAAGUUAAAUUAAAGGUACAUCCUGAUGAUUCCUUUAUUGAUUGGAGCCACUUUCACACAAUUUAUGAUUUAUAUAAGCCUAAACCACAAGGAAAAAGUAUGUCCAAAUUUAACGACGAGCCACUUAGUUCUCAACUCGUUUUAAAAAAUGAGAGUCUUAUAUGCAGUUCAGAUUCUUAGUAAAUCAAUGGCCAGGGCCUUAAGAUAUUAUAAAGCACACGAUUCCAGGUUAGUAGGAUGUGAACCAACUGCAGAUUUUACGAGCUGUUUAAUCGUUGAUUCGAUGCUUUGGACAACUUGAAUCUAGAAGAAGGACUAACUUUAUCAUGCGAAAACUUAAAGGUAAUUGAAGAUGGUUUGCAAUUUAUAAAUGAUUGGCAACAACGAGUUAUUGAUGGCCAAUUAGAAAAAGAAUAUUUUUUGACGGACAGCACUGCCGAAGGACUUCGCAUGACAUUUAAAUCGACGAUUGAUUUGGCGCAUUCUUUAAUAUUAGAAUUCUUUCAAUAUACAGUGAUUUAUUAAUAUUAUACACAUUUUUUAUAGACACAACAAAUGGAAUUAUACACGUAUCGCGCUGAUACCCAUGGGACCUGAAGUUACGUAAAGGAUUCCCGUUCCUUUUCCUAUUUCAUUUAGUACCUUAAUCCACGACAUUGCAUUUUUUCCUAUCUAAUUUUUUACAUUUACCUCUUUUUAUUUAUUUUUUUACCAUAAAUUUACAGGCUUUAUAACAUCAAGACUGUUUCUUCUAUCUAAGAAUUUCUGAUAGCC